GGGUCAUUGAUGUCGGAGUGUAUAUCGUAAAGUAUACCCCAAGUCGAGCUAUUUUGUAAUGGAAAAUUAUCUCACGGUGACCUAAUAUCAACAAAACCCGUUCAAAGAGAGAGGGGAAAAAAAGAAGGGAGGGAAAAAAUAAUGACAUGAUUCUAUGAAACACUCAGACACGCUUUUUUUUUCUCCCUAGUUUUGUGAUCGUUACAUGAUGUACCACACCCUGGAAGCAAAAAACUCGGAAUUGAAUGGACAAGGAUUGAUAAUAUCUUGAAUGUAUUUGUCAGUCAUGGAUAUAUGAUGUAUAUAACAAGGGUAUUAAAGUUGUUCGGCAUAAUUGAUGACCGACAGUAUAAAUAGAAUGAACGUAUGAAAAUAAAAUUAAUGCAACUUUCUUUUUAGUAUGGAAUUGAAAGGAUCUUGUCACUGUGAAAAAGUUCACUUCAAAUUCAUCUCUCAUACACCGGCACCCUUUAUGCGAUGUUAUUGCUCCAUAUGCCGUAAAUGCCAAGGUGGAGGAGGUUACAGUAUUAACAUUAUGGGAGAAUACAAGACACUGGAAGUAACCAAGGGCAAGGAGUAUUUAAAAGGAUACCAAGCCUUGAGAGACAAAGAAAAAGGAGAAUUGGGCGGAAACAUUCGUUACUUUUGUUCUGAAUGUGGUUCUCAUCUCUAUGCUUAUGAUAAAAAAUACGAGGAAUGGUUUUAUCCUUUUGCAAGUGCUAUUGACACUGAUCUUCCAGAAUUAAAACCAGAAGAGUGUUAUCACAUCCUGUUGAAUUCCAAGGCCAAUUGGGUCCAUACUCCUUCUCAUAACACGUUUGAUAUGUAUCCUGAUUGCUCAUUAGAGGCAUGGCACAAGUCAAAUGGCAAAUAUAUUUAGAACAAAAAAAAAAGGUUUUAAUAAAAAGCUUAACUUUGUUCACAAACAAAUACUUUACCCUUUAUAGUCUUGCCGUAAAAUGUAUCUGGAAGAGGAACACAUGCUGAACACACGCGAGCGCGACCGGGCGCGCUUUUUAUUUUAUUUUGGUUGGUGUAAAGAUAACCAUCGAUAAAACUGCAACAAGCCCUUUUUCUUUAAGAAUAACGUAGCUUGUAUAAACUAAGCCUCUUUUGAUAAUCUAUAUACCAAACAUACCACACAGACACACACAAAAAGAGAGAGAGAUAAACAUCGGAGUUUAUUAUCAGACUACACAUCAGUGGGGAUCAUGCAUAUUUUGAAACUUUUUUUUUUGUCAAGAAAGGAAGGAAAGGGUUCCGCGUUUUGCUUGUAAAUUUUCAAGAUGAACAGGUCCCGUGUAACUGUUUUGUUAUUUGGCGG